AGGGAAAAGGAGGGGGACGAGGGGCCAGAAAGCGGCCGUGGGGGUCAAGGCGGGAGCAGGGAGGGGUCAGGGAGGGGGCACGGAGGGGGGCGCAGCGCCGUGCUCGCGGGGCGGGCCGCAGAGGGUCACGGAGGGGCUGAGGGGCCACAGGGCAGAUUGGGGGGCCUGAGGAAGGGCCGCGGAGGAACACACGGGGUUCCAGGGCCGGGGAUCCCCCUCGUCCCUCCGGGCUCCAGCCGCCACUCACUGCCUGGAGGCGCCGCGGCCCGGCCGGGCCCGAGCGGAACGGAACGGAACGGGUCAGGACGGGACUUACGGAGCGGGCGACUUCCGGGCGCCACCACCCCCCACUUCCGGGCGCUGCCGCGUCCACUUCCGGGCCCGCCCAGAAGCCACUUCCGGGAGCGGCCGCCGCGCAUGCGCGCUCCGCAGUUGUCCCGGCGUGUCCCGCGGCGCGCCAUGGCCGCCCGGCUGCUGCUGCGGGCGGUGAGCGCUGUGCGGCUCGGCCCGGCCCGCGGCUACGCCAAGAAACCGGGUGUGAAGGUGAAGGGGAAAAGCACUCCAAAGGAGCAGCUGAAGGGGCCGGAGGUGUGCACAGACCCCGUCACGUUGGCCAACUACGCCGUGGGGGUCAAUUACCUGAAGGACAGCCCCGAGGUCGCCCUGAAGCCUGACUCUGAGUACCCUGAGUGGCUGUUCCAAAUCCACCUGGGUCCCCCCAAGAAGCUGGAGGAGAUGGACCCCGACUCCCUCGAGUACUGGAGGCGCCUGCGGAAGUACAACUCGUGGCAGCGCAACAAGCUGAAGAAGAGCAGGAAGCUGUGAGGGGCUGUAAUGAGGCAGCAGAUGUUGGUGUUGAUGUUGGCAUGGCUGGCUCCGGGGCAGCUCCCACUGCCAGUCCCAUCUUCUCACUACAGACUGACAAUAAAUCUCAGCUGAGGCUGAUGCCUUUCACAGAAA